AUGUCCGCGUCGUCUCAGUCCAGCUUUAUGUUCGGCCUCCGGACAGGGGCAGCCAACAGCCUGUGUUUCCUGGACGAGCAGACCGUGGUCUACCCCGGCGGGAGCAGCUGCGUGUGCCACAACUUUGUGCACAGACGUCAGCGAUUCAUUUCCGCUUCAGAGAAAAGUCAGGACAUCCGUGCUCUGGCCCUCAGUCCCAGUCGUCGUUACCUGGCCGUAUCAGAGAGGGCCGAGAAGGCAUCCAUCACUGUGUUUGACCUUCACCACGAGCAAGGCAGGAAGAGGAAACCUCUGACUGCAGGCGACAUGCUGGUUCAGGAGUUCUUAUGCAUGGCUUUCUCACCUGAUUCCAAGUACCUGAUAGGGCAGACAGGAGGCCCAGAGUGGAUGUUGAUCUUCUGGUAUUGGGAAAAAAACAGGGUCCUUGCCACCGUGAAGACCACUACUUCCAAUAAUCCUGUAACACAGGUGAGCUUCAACCCUCACAACAACGUGCAGCUGUGUGUAACUGGAACUGGAGUCUUGAAGCUGUUUCGUUACUCAGAGGGAGCCUUGAAACAAAGCAGCGCUGCAAAGAUGGACUCUGUCAACUUCCUGUGUCAUGCGUGGACGUCAGAACAGAGAGUGAUCGCUGGGACAGACACGGGUAGACUUCUGGUGUCUGAGUGCGGAGACCUGCGAAAAGAGAUCAGGAUGACUUCUGCAGCUGUGGAGGGCCAUGCUGACAGACAAGUGGAGGUGAAGCGGAUCAAGGAAGCUUUUACAAAUGAAGGUCUGGCCUUUUCUCGCAUAACAGCCAUCCUGCCCUACUCCAAGGGCUUCAUAUGUAGUACCGGUCCUGGCACAGUGUGUCUGUUUGAAAAGACACAAGAGGACAGUUACAGGAUGAGCAGGGAGAUUCUGGUAAACAGUAAUCCGUGCAGUGAUGUCCUGACUCCAGCAGAUUGCCAGGAGAUUGACACCAUGAGUGUCAGUCCUGCAGAAGAAACUCUGGCCAUCAGCACAAAUCAGGGGCAGCUAUACAGCAUCAGCCUUUCAUCUGUAUUAACUAACAGGGAAGGAAAUCACCAUUUUGAGUUCCUGUCUCAGCCCUUCCACUCCAAUUCAAUCACUGGUUUGUCCAUCUGCGUCCGUAAGCCCCUCGUAGCUACCUGCUCUCUUGACCGCUCCGUUCGCAUUUGGAACUACGAGACAAAGGAGUUGGAGCUGUACAAGACGUUUCAUGGUGAGGCUUACAGUGUAGCUCUGCACCCCACUGGCCUCUUCAUCUUGGUGGGCUUUUCUGAUAAACUCCAGCUGAUGAACUUGGUUAUUGACGACAUCCGUAGCUUCAAGGAGUUUACGCUGCGUGGAUGCAGGGAGUGUGCCUUUAGCUUUGGAGGCCACAUGUUUGCAGCUGUUGAUGGAAAUCUCAUUCAUAUCUACUCUUUCACCACUCUGGAGAAAAUCCUCAGUUUAAAGGGCCAUAAUGGAAAGGUACAAUGCAUUGAAUGGAGCCUGGAUGACAGCCGGCUGGUGUCGUGUGGGACGGAUGGGGCAGUGUAUGAGUGGAACACACACACCGGGCAGCGGCAGUCGGAGUACAUCAAGUCCUGCAACUACACGGGCGUUGCCUUCUCCUCAGACAGCAAGACCAUCAUGGCUGUGGGAACAGACUUCACCCUGAAGGAGAUACAGGACUGUCAGAUCUUGAGGGAGCUCCCAGCAGAUGAGGUAGCCCACACCACCCUUGCAGUGUCUCACUCGGGUCAUGUCGUCUUUACUGGAACCUCCGGUGGAACCAUCAGAGCCAUUAAAUACCCAUUACCCAUCCAGAGGGAAUGGCUCGUGCACCAUGCUCACCGUGGCCCUGUGACAAAGAUGAAGAUCACGUAUGACGAUCAGUUCCUGCUGACAGUGUCUGAAGACGGCUGCCUGUUGAUAUCGAAGAUCGUCGAUAAGGAGGGUCGAAGUCUGAAGAGCAACAUACAGGUUGUCCACACGGAGGAGAUCCUCGUCACAAAGGCAGACCUGGACGAGAAAAUCAUGCAAGCAAAAAUGGAGAAGAGUGAACUAGAGAAUCAGCAGAGUUCUGCAGAAACUGCAAUGAAGCAUUCCGAAGAACUGAAGGAUUUAGAGGUAUCCUAUACAGCAACACUUACAGCAGAGCAUGAGAAGUACCAGGAUCUGUUGCAAAAGCAUGAAAGAAUGCAGGAGGACUAUAAGAAGCAGCUGAAGUUGGCAGAAGAAAGCAGAACCCAGGAUCUGGAGGAGCUCACAAAGAUGUAUGAAAUCAAACUGCAGGAGAAGACUCAGCUCAUGGCUCAGUGUCAGGAGGAGGCUGAGCAGAAGAUCUGUGAGUUUGAACAAUUGAUAAAGCGGGCAGAGGAAGCUGAGGAGAAGAAGAUCCAGGCCAUCCAAAUCAAGUUUGAGAAAAAACUGCACUCAGAGAAAGAAACCAACACAGACCUGAAAGGAAAAACUGGCAUUAUGAUGCAAAAGCUAUACAGUCUAAAGAGACAGAUUGAUGACCAGUGUGAAGACAUAAACAAGCUGAAGCAGGAGCAGCAGAGUCUUCUGGGGUUGAUCCGCUCUCUGGAGGGUGACAAUGAAGACCUGAAGAGACAGAUAUCUGGACAUGAAAAGUCCAGCCAAGACAAGGAUAACACCAUAUCUGAUCUCAAGAAGAAGAUCCAGGACCUGGAAAAAUUGAAGUUCCUGCUUGAGUUCCUGUUGAGCGACUUGCAGAAGAAGGUUGAGCCUCAGCAGGAUGACAUAAAGGAGAAGAGGGCAAAGAUUGAUCAGUUGGAGAAGGAGCUGGUGGAGAUGGACAGGAGCAGUUCUCAGCUGAAGCUCACUGUGUCAGACCUGGGGCUGAAACUGAGGACCAAAGACAAAGAACUGCACAAGGAGAUGCAAAAAGUGAAAGAUCAGGAGACACUUCUUAAGCGACUUCAGUCGGACCUCCAUAUGUGUGUUGGCUUAAUCCAGGAACCCAAAAAACUGAAAGACAGCAUCCAGAUGAUUUAUGCUCGCUACGCUCGAUAUUCUGACCACGUGAGUAGUGAGGUCAGUGCAGAUGAUAUUCAGAACGCUUUCUGCCGCCAUUGUGACCAGCGAGAGAAGACGAUCAACAGCCUGAAGAUGAAGCUGGCAAAAUCUUCAGAGGGGCACGAGAAAGUCUACGUCAAGAUCAUGAAGGAAAACGCGACUCUCAUCACUGAAAUCAACGAGCUGCGGAAGGAGCUGCGCUCGGUCAGAAGCCAGCUGAAAGAUUACAAAUCUCAGCUGCUCCUCCUGAAGACCAGGACUCGCCCCAGCUCUGAGGACAGACCUAAAGAUGGACCAGCACACGAAGACGGCCGCUAA